CUGUUAGCCACCGUUAGCUGUUAGCUGUAUCACCGGGACGACCGGGAGGAAUAACCGGGGAAAACAGCGGAGAAAAACACGAAGAAGAGGAGGGAAUGAGCCCGGAGGAGGACGGGCGAGGACCGCGGUGACCCGGACAGAGAGUCCGCCUCACGGGGAGUUUACUGCGGCUGAAAGCGUAGAAGAAGAAGAAGAAGAAGGAGAAGAAGAAAAAACACCGAAGCUUCUUCCCGACUCUUCCCACCGCUCCUCCUCAGUCUUUCUCUUUAUUUACCGGAGGAACGAGCUCACAAACACGGACAGAAGUGUGUCCGUUUGUUUACUUGUUUUUAAUAAAAGUUAAACAGCCGUUAGUCUGUUUUAGCUUCAGUGUUCCUCACAGUUCCGAUGGAAACUUCAGAGCUGCCGCCGAUCCUUGUUAGCAUGCUAGCUUCAUUUCCCAUUCGUUUCUAUGAGAAGCUAGCGGCUAGUGUUAGCCUAGCUUCACUUUUACACCAGAGCUGAUGGAAUUUUUAUAGAUUUGGAGACGUUGACGGGAUUUAAACCUGUUUGAAAAUAACGAUUUCAAAGCUUUUGGUGUCAUUUCGGGUUAAAGAAGGUUUGAGAGCAGUCGGGAGGAAGUUUAGAUAAGUUUAUGAAGUUUCUGGAUUAAAGAUGAAGGUUGUUUUGAUAGUGACAGGAGUUUGGAGACUUUCAUGGUGACAGACUCUUUUAAUGUAGAAACAAACAAACAUGCAGGAUAUUUGAAGGUUUCAAAUAAUAUAAGAAGUGAUUUUGUGUAAGAAUGAAGUUUAUUUUUAUACUUCAUUAUUUUAUUUUGGAUUUAAAGGGUUUAAGAAAUCAGUUUAAAAGUUUUUGAGAUUUUUGGGGAGAAAAAUUUGUGAAAUAUGUUUUAAAGAGGAUGUUCAAGAAGUAUUCUGAGCCUUUACUGUGGUAAAAGUACACUAAAUAUGAAGCUGUAUUACAAGUAAAUAAAAUGCAUAAUGUUUCUUUAAUGAAACUCUAAAGUAUUAUCAGCUACAUCUACAGAUAUAUUAAUCAUAUCUACUCGUCUGUCUUUUACUCUAAUAAAUAAUAAUAACCUUUAUUGUUACUUCUCUCCACAGACGACCAUGCAAUCAUUCCCUGCUCGCCCUCGCCGUUAGAGUGAGUGAGAGAGAUUUUGUGUGUGUGUGUGUGUGUGUGUGUGUGUGUGUGUGUGUGUGUGUGUGUGAGAGAGAGAGAGAGAGAGAGAGAGAGAUCCAGGAUGGGGUUCGGUCGGGAUCUGAGGAAUUCCCACGAGGGAUUAUUGAAGCUGCAAGACUGGGAGUUAAAGCUGCUGGAGACGGUGAAGCGGUUCAUGACUCUACGAGUGAAGAGCGAUAAAGAAUACGCCGCUCUGCUGCUCAGCAUGACUCAGCAAACAGAAAAACAGGAAGCUGCUGAUUAUGUCAGCACUGUGAGCAAGUCCUGGUCUCAGGUGAUCCGUCAGACGGAGGCCUUGGGUCGGGUCAUGAGGGGUCACGCUGAUGACCUGAACUCUGGUCCUCUGCACCGUUUGGCCACUUUGAUCCGAGACAAGCAGCAGGUGAAGAAGAGCUACCAGAGUCUUCAUCAGCAGCUGGAGAGCCACAACCACAAGGUAACCAGGACUGACCUGGACAAGCUGAAGGCGACGUAUCGUCAGCUGAGCCGCGACGCUAACAACGCUAAAGAUAAAUACAGAGAGGCGCUGAUGAAAGGCCGGGAAGCGGAGCGAGCUCGGGAGCGCUACGACAAAGCGACGAUGAAGCUCCACAACCUCCACAACCAGUACGUGUUGGCGGUCUGCGGCGCUCGAACGCAGCAAGACGAACACCGACGACAUGCCGCUCCGGCUCUGCUGGACGCUCUGCAGAGGAUGCAGGAGGACAUGACGCUCGCUCUUAAAAGUAUCCUGGAGGAGUACUGUGAGAUCAGCAGCCUGCUGACGGAGGAGAUCGUCAAAGUUCAUCAGGAGAUCUCGGCGGCCGUCGAGCAGAUCGACCCGCUGGCCGAGUACCAACACUUCAUCGACGCCUACCGGUCUCCGGAGACUCAGGAGGCGAGCGUGGAGUUCGAUGCGUCUCUAUUGGACGAGACGGACAACUUGCCGGCCAAUGAGAUCCUCUGGAACACGCUGACUGCCGACAACCUGCAAGCUAUGUUAUCGUCGGCAUCGGAGGAGUUAUCGUUGACUCAGCAGAAUCUGAGGACGAAGGAGGCGAUGGCCGACGAUCUGGAUACAAAAAUACAGACGAGUCAGCAGAACACAGAGAGGAAGAGCGACUGUGUCCUACUGCUCAGUCAGAAACUCUCUGUCCUCGAGCUUCAUCACGCCGUCCAAUCGCUGCGCGGCUCCGAGGCCCGCCUCGCCUCCCAGAAGGCCUUGCUGGACGACAAGAUGGCCGCCGCCGCCUCCCCGCCCCCGCCGCCGUCUCCCCCCGCGCUGCCGUACGAGGACGACGCCCGCUCCGUCGGAUCCACUGUAAAUAUUUAGUUAUUGAUUGUUGAUUAUGUCUAAUCUGCACACCAGCAGGAAAAAUUGCCCUUUCAAAAUAAAGCCAUUGUUCCUUGACAGACUCUAAACCUUUAACAUCACCUGGUGGUAUUGAUCUGUACUGACCCCCUCACAGUUUACCGUUAACCAUCACAGUGUAAAUAAAGUUGUACUGACUCA